AAAAACGUCAUUUCAUUGAAGUCGAAUUUCGAAUGAAAAUUGGCAUUUUUAUUUGCAAUUUGCAUUUGCAUUUCGCCCAAGAAACCAUUGAUUUGUAAAUUUUGAGGAAAUAGGAAUAAAACAGUACAAUAUAUUUGAAGAGUGAUAUGUUUUUGCAAGUGUUCAAUCAGCCAAAUGGAAAGUGAACUAAAAAGCGAAACGACAAAUUCCAGGCACACAAACCAUUAUCUAUCUCAAAUUCGUCCCUAAUGUCUGGAAUGGUACCAUAUUUAAAUACUUGGACAAAUUACAUUGUAUCGCUAAUUGAUCGUGUUUCGUUAAGUUGGACCGGAGGGUGGUUCAGCUGGACUCGUCAGUCCGAUGCCAUGUUACGGAACAUUGAACAAACAAUACUAUCAUGUCUGAAAACAGCCUACAAGCGUUUCUACGUAGACAUCGGGUCGGUGGUGGGCCAGUGCGACAAGAUAUGGACGAUCUCUCUGAACGACGAGUCGCCAAAGACCCCAUUGGUCAUGUUGCAUGGGAUGGCCGCGGGCGUGGCUAUGUGGUGCCCCAACUUGGACGCCCUAGCUGCCACCCGCCCAGUUUAUGCUAUUGAUUUGCUAGGAUUCGGCCGUAGUUCCCGACCGAAGUUCUCGUCAGACGCGGAAAAGGCAGAAGCGCAAUGGGUGGAGUCGGUCGAGGAGUGGAGACGCGAGGUCAAACUGGACGCGUUCAUCCUGCUAGGACACAGUCUCGGCGGGUAUAUUGCUACUUCGUACGCGCUCAAGUACCCUGAGAGGGUCCAACACCUAAUACUCGUCGAUCCUUGGGGCUUCGCGGAGAAACCGGACAACAGCAAAAUAUACGAGAAGCACCAAAUAUCGAUUUGGGCUCGAAUGAUUGUUCAGCCGCUGCUGCUACUGAACCCGCUGUGGGCGGUGCGCGCCGCGGGCCCGGCCGGCAAGUGGCUGAUCCACAAGACCCGCCCAGACAUCGCCAGAAAGUAUAAGGCCUAUAUACCCGAUGCUGAGACUGUCAUACCCGAGUACAUCUACCAGUGCAACUCGCAGACGCCCAGCGGUGAAAGUGCUUUCCACUCGAUGAUGCAUGGCUUCGGUUGGGCGAAAAAUCCGAUGGUGCGGCGCGUCAGCCGGCUCGACCAAUCGCUGCCCAUCACCGUGCUGUACGGCUCGCGCUCGUGGGUCGACAACGACACGGGACAGCUGCUCGCGGAGAGCAGAUCUGCAGACAACACGUUUGUACAGGUUAUCAACGGCGCCGGCCACCACGUAUACCUCGACAAACCCGAACUAUUCAACAAGUUCGUACUGGAAGCGUGCGCGCGCGCAGACGACGCCCCUAUAAGGGUUCCCAAAAUAGUGGAAACCACAGACAACAAACCACAGAGCAAUAGCAAUGAGGACAUAAACGAAGUACCCGCUUCUUGAUAGCGCUUUGAUUUAGGUAUAGAAGAUGAAAUAUUUGAUUGAUUCGAUCAUUAAAAUUCAAGAUAUGCUCUAU